UCUAUCCCAGUUAAUUGAGGUUAUUUCUGGUGGAUGUUUCCUUGAGGAAGGUGUAUACUCCUUCCGCCAGAACAAAAGAUUCCCUGUGGUCUGGCCUGACCCAAGGAAUAAAGGUGUUGGCCAUUUGUGUUCAUUCUUAGGGUACCAAGAUGGGCAGUGAAAAGGAGCAGAAUCCAGAACAGCACCUGCCUGAGGAAGGGGAACAGGGUAAGCCUUGGAGAGUGGAUGACGCAGAGGGUUUUCGGAUCCCAGGUGGGGACAAAGAGCAUGGGCAAGAGAGCCUGUCAGAGGGACCACAGGCGAUCCAUCUAAAAGAACCAUGGCAGAAAGUCAUUGUCCCUGUUGGAGAGCCAGGGGACCCUAUUGUUCAUCCAAGGCCUGAGACUGAUGAGAAGCCCUUUAUAUGUGCCCAGUGUGGCAAAACCUUCAAUAAUACCUCCAACCUGAGAACACACCAACGGAUCCACACAGGCGAGAAACCUUACAAGUGUUCUGAAUGUGGCAAGAGCUUCUCCAGAAGUUCUAACCGCAUCCGGCAUGAGCGGAUCCACCUGGAAGAGAAGCACUACAAAUGUCCCAAGUGUCAGGAGAGUUUUCGGCGGCGCUCUGAUCUCACCACACACCAGCAGGAUCACCUGGGCAAGCGGCCAUACCGCUGUGACAUCUGCGGCAAGAGCUUCAGUCAGAGCGCCACGCUGGCUGUGCAUCACCGGACCCACCUCGAGCCUGCGCCUUACAUCUGCUGUGAGUGUGGGAAGAGCUUCAGCAACAGCUCCAGCUUUGGCGUGCACCACCGCACCCACACAGGCGAGAGGCCUUAUGAGUGCAUGGAAUGUGGGCGGACCUUUAGUGACAUCUCCAACUUUGGAGCACACCAGAGGACCCAUAGAGGGGAGAAGCCCUACUGGUGCACUCUUUGUGGGAAACACUUCUCCCGGAGCUCAAAUCUCAUCCGCCACCAGAAAACACACAUGGGAGAGCAGGCUGGGAAAGAUUCCAUCUGAAGGAGAGUGAGGGAGAGAGAGAUCCCAACCUAGUGUGUGAAGAUCUCUAGGAUCUGCUGCUGUACGCUUGACCUCAGAAAUAGGGUAGGCUUAGUACAUGCUCCUAUAAUUAGGGCAACUGCCCCCUGGCCUUUGAAGAAGGACCUGUGAGAUGGGCAUCACUGGAGUUUCUCCAAAUUGAAUGUGAUUUGCUUAAACCACAUUGCAGUGGUCUGCUAGGUCCCAUCUGCUGUGCCCCAACUGGGCUGGGAGGAGCAGCCUUCCCACUAGAAGGGGCCUCCUGGGCCUGGAGAAGAGGUCUGGUCCUGCCUUAGGAGUGUAAGGGAAGCCCUCAGGGAGCUGUGAUCCAGGGACCUUCACACGGCCCCAUGUUUGUCACUUGUUAACCCCAUCCCAAUCUGAAUCUUUCCUGAGUGAUUAGCAGUAAAACCCUUCAAUGAAAA